UAUGGCUAUUGAAUUUGUUAAAAAGUUACAGAAAAGAUCAAAGACGCUGCAGGGAGCUUUAUUAACCUCAUUAUUCAUAUUCAUGAUGGCUUGUUGGUUGCAUUCGCAAAAUGCCUCCCAGCCUGUUCUGUAUGAAGACAUAAAUUUUUUGAGCUCAUUUUAUGCUGAAACAAUAAAGAAAGGAAUAACUCUGUCAUGAUCAGAUGAGAGUUUUGAAGAUAUUGGAGAACUCAUUACCAUUAAAGAUGGCAUUCUCCCUUAUGGAGCAGUCAAAUACACUUCUCUCAAUUUUGAUAAAAUAACUGUAACUCCAGAUUCAGUUAAAACUUUUGAAGAAGAGAGUGAAGCUACAAAGCAUAGUGGAGACAUAUUUCUUCUUGAGAGCUUGCAAGGCGAUACUGCAGAUGUCUCUCACCAUACCCAUAUAUUUACUUCAAAGAAAUCCGAUCGAGAUUUUUACCUAGCCAUUGGGUCUAAGAAAGGAGAUCAACCAAUUCAGUAUUCUGCAAUCAUAGAGUUUGUAGGUGCAGAUAUCAAGAAUGUUGGGAUCACAGCUAUUAGAUACAAAAUAUUUACAAAAAGCACACUGUAUUUUUGUUCCUUGGAUAAUCAAACAUUCUUUAAAGAAAUGUCAGAGAGCAUGAUUGUGAUGAAAAAUGGAAGAGAAGUUGUCCUUGAAAGUAUCUUUAGUGAUUCAAACUCUCCAUAUAAGAGCAUGACCUUUUCAACGGAAGUAAAAGAUAGAUUCAUGACAGGAUUCUUUUACUAUAUUGCAGGUCUAUACUUUCUGUUCUGGUUCUCAAUGAUCCAAUGCCUUCUGUUCUUGGAAUUGUUUGAUAAUAUCCAAAAAGGAAUGAAACUGAAACCCAGAAUCAUUUUCUUUGUCAAUUACACAAUGAUACAUUUCUGGAUGAACCUGAUAGCUAUAUUUUUAUCUACUACCUUCAGUCACAGAGACUUCAUUGCAACUAUAACUAGGAUUGGAAGUAGUAUCACAAUGCUUGUUUACGGAGUUGCAAUGGUCACUACAUUCUUCCAAAAACUACUCGACAAUCACAAAUUGAUUUGCUGGCUAAUGUUCACUAUCUCUCUACUCGUUUAUGUUGCUAUCUGGAUCUUUGUGUUAUACCCCUUCUUGGUUAGAAUAGUAAUUCUCGUGACGGCAUCGUACAUAACUCUCAGUUUUUUCUGGCUAAUCACGAUAUUACUAAACUUUGCAUUCGCAGUGCGAGCUUCACCACUAAUAUUUGUAUGAGUUACAGUGUCAAUAUACAUAUUAUUCUUCGGCUCAAACAUAUUCAUGCCUAGCCAAUACUUCGAGUCAUUCCACUUCGGAUUCAUUUUCCCACUGCUAGUAGGGCAUUUAGUUCUGAUCGCAGUAAUUUAUUGUCAACAAAAAUACGGAUCUCGUUUCAUGCUCCCGAACAGAUACCGGACGAGAAAGUAUCAGGCCAUGCUGAAGACCCUGAACCGUGCGUACCUCCUCCAAGAAUGCCAGUUGUGCAUGAACAAGUUGUCAGAUUGUGAACUUGAAUAUGCAGAUGCUCAUGAAGGCUUUGAGUGGAAGGAUUAUACCAAUAUGUACAUCAAGACUGACUGUGAUCACCAGUUCCACCCAAACUGCCUCUUUACGUUUAUUAAGGAGGAGAGGAAAUGUCCUGUCUGCGAAAAGCAGCUCCCAGAGAACCAUUGGAAUGAUUAAUAAGCUGAAAAGGAUAUUUGGAA